AUGAGGUUCCUGCUGCUCUGCUGCUUCGCUCUGCUCCAGCCGCUCCACUCACAAGGUCCAAACAGGGUGAUUCUGCGGGAUGUGGGCCGGGCCCCGGGGGUCUCGGGGAGAUCUGUGGAGCCCUGCCAAGGCCACGUGGAGGUUUACUACAACAACACGCCGGGAUACGUGGGGGACAAACACUGGAGCGGGAACACGGACCUGGUGGUCUGCAGGACCACCCACUGCGGGACGCCCGUCCGAGACGCCCAGGACGUCCAGCGGGAAACGGGCCGCACCGUCUGGCUCAACGAGCUGCGUUGCCAGGGCAACGAGAGCAGCCUGUGGGACUGCCCGGGCUGGCCCGGCCCGGGACUCAGCUACUACCAGAAACCCACCGUCAAGAAGGUCACGUGUUCACAUCAAGUCCGUCUGAAACUGGAACAGUCGGAGUGUGAAGGAGCCGUCCGCUACUCCACGGACGGGGGAACCAACUACGGCUACUUCUGCAACGACAACUGGAGACAGCCUGACGCCGCGCUGCUGUGUAAACAGCUCGGCUGUGGAGGAGCCAGAGAUGUUUCCAAACCGGCUCGGAUGCUAACGGACGACUUUGACCGAUCAACCAAGAUGAAGGUGAACUGCAACGGAAUCGUUGACGUCACCAACCUGUGGCAGUGUGUUGCCGGGGAAACCCAGGGGUGCAAGUUACCGGCAUCAGUGACAUGUGAAGGCCACCGGCGGCUGCAGCUCCAGGGAAACCCGGCCAACGUUUGCUCCGGUCGGCUGCAGCAGGAAGCAGGCGGGAGCUGGACGCCUGUUUCAGCCAAUCACAGCGUGGACGGCUGGUGCAGACGGCUGCACUGCGGUUCCUACGGGAACCACACGCGGCUGGGCGCCGGUCUGGACCUCACCUGCUCAGACCAGGUGCAGGUGGUUCUGAUGGACCGGAACAAGGAAACCCGGUGCUUCGGUUUAGUUCACGUCAAGGUGAACGACACGGCGAGGCCCGUAUGUGCAUCCAGCUGGACGCAGAAGGAGGCGGACCUGGUCUGCAAGGAGCUCAACUGUGGCACAAUGAUCACAUGGCAGACAUCAAGGACGAGCGCCGCGGCGAUCAUGGACCAUGUGAGCUGCUUGGGGACGGAGUCAUCGCUGUGGUUCUGUAACGGGAGGCGUGGCCACAACAUCCCCUGUCAGGAGUCUCCUUACAUUUACUGUUCAAAGAGUAUGGAGGUGGAGCUGCAGGACGGUCCUGGGAGAUGUGCCGGGAGACUGGCGGUGUUGCAUCAGGGAGAAUGGAAACGGGUCCAGACGACGGGCUGGGAGGACAGUUAUUCCAACCGCGUCUGCAAACAACUAAAGUGUGGGAAACAAUCCAACAUCUCUCAAACGUUCAUUAAGGGUUCGGGUGAUUUCAUGAAGAUCCAGAACUGCGGCUCGGGCAAAAACAUAUCAGAAUGCUUUACAAGCGAAGACCGGAACAGGCCACAGGUGGACAUGGAACCGGUGGUGGUCACCUGUGAAAAGCACAAGGUGCUCGUCCUGUCGGAAACCUGCUCUGGAAACGUGGGAAUCUGGCAGGAGAACCGGGUCAAGUGGCUCUCCGGAUCCAACGACACGUGGAACGCCGAGUCUGCCAACACCGUGUGUCGGCAGAUGCAUUGUGGGAAAGCCGUGGACUUCACGGCUCAUCCGCUCGCCAACGACACCAUGGAGGCGGACGCUGGGACGAUAUCGUACCGUUGUCCCGCCGCGGAGAAGUCCCUGUUCGACUGCAGGAAAAUGUCCCGUCCAGACGACGCCAAUCACACCAUGGCCUACGUGAAAUGUUCAGGGAACAUCCACCUGAACCUGAGCGAGGGCUGCUGGGGAUACGUGGACGUUUAUCUGGAGAAAAGCUCUGGAGGUUUGUGUGAGGACACGUGGACCGACGAGCAAUCCCAGCAGCUGUGCAGCGACCUGGGCUGCGGGAGCAAGACCUUCCCCUCCUACAGUCAACGCAAGUCACGCACGAUCCUGUUCAAGAGCCUGCACAGCUCGGGCUCGGGCCGGAGCCUGCACAGCUUGGGCUCGGGCCGGAGCCUGCACAGCUCGGGCCGGGCCCCGCUCAGCCAGAGCAGCUUCGUCAGCUGGGACGACGCCAGGCGGGGCUGCAACCCGGCCUACGUGGUCUGUGAGGGCAGCAUCAGGACCAAACUGAGCCCGUCCCGGGACAGAUGUUCUGGAAACGUCCUGAUCCACUACGAGGGUCAGUGGCUGCCGGUGCAGAGGAAAGCUCUGGAGAGCGAUGGAACCGGGGACGCCGUGUGCAGGGAGCUGGACUGUGGGGUCGCCGUGGAAACCAUCCCCUACUUCCCCCCCAGGACGGAGGCCCAGAAGGUCGUCACCAAGCUGCGGUGCUCCUCUAAUGAACGGCUGAGGGACUGUGAGAUCGAGGCCGGGACGACGUCAAACGUCCGGCUCGGGGGCCUUCGCUGCUCCGGGUGGAGGAAGAUGGCGCUGGAGGUGGAACACGCCUGCAGAGGCGACGUGGUCGUUCGCUCCGAGGGUCGGAGGAGCUUCGUCUCCAGUCACGGCUGGACGGACGUGGAGUCGAACCGGCUCUGCAGCGACCUGAACUGUGGCCGGGUCACCAAUCACACAUCAGUGAAGGCCGAACCCGGGUCUCUCUGGAACAGCACCUUCCACUGCUCCCGGGUCUCCGGGGUUCCAGGGGUUUCAGCUCCAGAAAGCAUCUGGGACUGUGAGACCAGAACCCGGCCGUCGGGGCAGGACAAGCUCUUCAUCCAGUGUGGAGCGGAACCUUCCGUCAGCCUGUCGGGGCCGUGCGGCGGGACCCUGGACCUGGACGGGUUCCCGGUCUGCUCCAGCUCCUGGGACCUGGACUACGCCCACAGAGUCUGCCAGGAGCUGGACUGCGGCAACGCCGUGGUCAACUCCUCCUCCCCCCACACCGGGGAGGGCUACCACGUCAGCUGCGACCACCACCAGUACAAGCUGGGCCAGUGUAAGAGGGCCCGGGGGGCCUGCACCGGCAGGGUCAGCAUCUACUGCACCGAAAGAGUUGAAUUCAACGUGACGAGGAAAUGUGGCGGCUCCCUGCAGAUCAGAGUGAGAGACGGGUGGGAGUACGUGGCUGUCAUGGACGCCUCCACGGAGCUGCAGGAGAAGCUGUGCCGAGGCCUGAACUGCACCCCGAAGAUGCUGCAGGGCGACCAACGCCCUCAGGACAUGAGUGGCAUGACGACCAGCCUGGCCUGCAAGUCUGGAGCCAAAGACCUCAAGUACUGCGUCAACCUGCACGCGCCUAAAACCAAGAAACCGGCCGUCUUCUACUGCCACGGCUAUGAAAAAGAGAAGACGAUUGAAACACCAUCGGUUCCUACCGUCGCCAUCGUCCUGGGAGUGGGAGUGGCUGUGGUGUCGGUGAUCUUGAUCGCUGUGUUUGCCAGAUACUACUUCAUCAGGAGAAACAAGAAACGCAGAAUGUCACGGAACGACGGGGAGUUUUACGAGAGUGGCGAGUACGAAGACGUCGACAAACUGAGCGAAAUGGACGACUUUGGUCGCGACGGUUUCGGGGCAGAUUCUGAGUUAAUGGGGGAGAAGGACAGACUCAGCGCGUCGUCUUUGCCCUACGACGACGUGGACGAGGUGACGGAGGGUCAGCCCCUAACCCCCCCCAGGUCCUCCGAGGCCCCGCAGGACGAAGGAAAGGAUGGAAAGUUCCGACCUACUCUGAAGCUGAUCCUUUUAAGGGGAAAUGCAAAUCAUUCCUUCUUCUUGUGGAAUGGCGUGACCUACGAAGUGGAAGACGUGCAGGAGAACUACGACGACAUCGACGCCGACCCCGGGGCCGGGGCCGACGCCGACGCCGACCCCGGGGAGGCCCCGCGGACGACGGCCCAGGUCCACGACGCGCCUGAUCCCGGCGCAGCGCCGCCUGCAGGCCGGCUGCAGGAGGACGGGGACUACCUGGUGCCGGGGGAAGACGGGUGA